AUUGUUUGGGGUUGGGCAGGUCACCUCUGAAGAUACUAGAUACUCACCCAGAAAGAUUUAUAAAAAGCUAGCUAUGCAUAGGGCAAAGGAAGAACAUUAGUAUAUGGGAAGCAGGAUUUGCAAAGACUCCAGUGUAGGCAGAGGCGAUGAGAUGAAAAAAGACUUGUGUGGCUGGGGUACAAUGCCUAGGAGGAAAACCAGGAAGAUGUAGCAGUGAGCUGAAGCCUGAGGUUUAGUCUCCAUGUGCUAGGUCACUUAUUUCAUGAUGGAAUGUCAAUAUCCUAUUUUUUGAGUUCAGUGCUUCUUCGAUGUGGAAAAUGAAUUAGAUGAUGCCAUGGGUAGCAAGGAGAGUAUCAUUUGGAGACUUUUGUAGUAAUAUGGGUGAGAGACUAUGGUACCUUCAAAUAGGCUAGUGGCAUUGGCUGUAGAAAAAGGACAUUAAAACCAGGGAGAUGAAAUGAUGGAUUAGAAAUGGGAGGAGAGACCAAGGGUGAUUUUCAGGUUUCUGGGCUGAGAGCUUGGGUAGGUAAAAUACCAUUUAUCACGACGAAGAAAGCUGAAUGAAGAACAGAGGAUUGUGGAGGGAUGUAGUAGGACAGACAAUUCUGUUGUAGCUAGACUACCUUAGGUGUCUUUGCUGUAUUUGUGAGUGUAUUUUUUUAGAUAAGGUCUUACUAUAUAUGUCACUCAAGCUUGCCUGAAUUUAUGAUCCUAAUGCCUCAGCCCCUUGAGUGCUGGGAUUAUAGAUGUGCAUCACAAGUAGAAAUGUUUAAUUAGCAGUUUAAUAUAGAAAUCGGUGCUCCAAGGACAAAUGUAUGCAGUAACAUAAAUAUGGGGUUCAUUGGCUCAUAAACAAUAUUUAAAGCCAUGGAAAUCAGGCAAAGUCAUUGAGAAAUUAGCUAGUUUGGUGGCUGUUCCCAUUAGGCCUGUGGUAACUAGUGUGAUUAAACCUUGGGAGUUUAGAGAAUUCAGUUUUAGCAAUUGUAUAAAUAAAUGAACUGCCCUUAACUCCACAGAUGAUCUGGUUUUUCUCAUUCUGCAUUUGUUGAAAUACUUCAUCUUGUGGAGAAGAGAGACAAUAACUGUGUCUGCAGAUGCUUCCUGGAUCUCUGGCCCUAAGAUCUUUGGUCUCUAUUUUCAGUGAGCCAAGAGCCUUAUAUGUUUUCUGCAACCUUCAGAACAGACCAUGAAGUUGAAGGAACUUGAGAGGCCAGCCGUCCAAACAUGGAGCCCAGCCAGCCAAUACCCUGUGUAUCUGGCCACAGGAACAUCUGCCCAGCAACUAGAUGCUUCGUUUAGCACAAAUGCCACACUGGAAAUAUUUGAGGUUGAUUUCAGGGACUCUUCUCUGGACUUGAAACACAAAGGAAUUCUUUCUGUCUCAAGCAGGUUUCACAAGCUAAUCUGGGGAAGCUUUGGCAAUGGGCUUCUGGAAAACUCUGGGGUUAUUGCUGGUGGUGGAGACAAUGGCAUGCUUACUUUGUACAAUGUGACCCACAUCCUUUCUUCAGGAAAGGAGCCCUUGAUUGCCCAGAGACAGAAACACACAGGGGCCGUCAGGGCCCUGGACUUUAAUCCUUUCCAGGGCAAUCUCCUGGCUUCAGGAGCCAGUGAUUCUGAAAUCUUCAUUUGGGAUUUGAACAACCUGAGUGUUCCAAUGACCCCUGGAUCCAAGUCACAGACACCCCCAGAAGACAUCAGAGCACUGUCUUGGAACCGCCAAGUCCAGCACAUCCUGUCUUCUGCUCACCCCAGUGGCAAGGCAGUUGUGUGGGAUCUCAGGAAGAAUGAGCCCAUCAUCAAAGUCAGUGACCACAGCAGCAGGAUGAGCUGCUCAGGCCUGGCUUGGCACCCAGACAUAGCCACCCAGUUAGUGUUGUGCUCAGAAGAUGACCGGCUUCCGGUGAUCCAGCUGUGGGACCUGCGCUUUGCUUCCUCACCCCUGAUGGUGUUGGAGAACCACAGCAGGGGGAUCUUGUCAAUGUCAUGGAGCCAGGCUGAUGCUGAACUACUGCUUAGCAGUGCCAAAGACAACCAGAUCUUUUGUUGGAACCUGGCAAGCAGUGAGGUGGUAUACAAGCUGCCCACACAGAACAGCUGGUGCUUCGAUGUUCAGUGGUGCCCUCAGAACCCGCCUGUGUUCUCUGCUGUCUCCUCCGAUGGCUGGAUCAGUUUGUACUCUGUGAUGGGUAGGAGCUGGGAGGUCCAGCACGCGAGGCAGGCCGACAAGAUUUCCUCUUCUUUCAGCGAAGGGCAGCCUCUCCCACUGCUGCAGGUGCCUGAGCAGGCGGCCCCAGCGUCAUUAAUCCCGCCCUUGAAGAAGGCCCCCAGGUGGAUGAGAAGGCCAGCAGGCGUUUCCUUUGCUUUUGGGGGAAAGCUGGUUACCUUUGGCCUUCCCAGCAUCCCUGUCCAACAGAUGCCACAGCCUUGCCCCCGCCCUGUCUACCUCAGUCAAGUGGUCACAGAAUCAGACGUUCUGGCACGGUCAGCUGUGCUGCAAGAGGCCUUGGGAUCCGGACAUCUCCUGAAUUAUUGUCAGAGCAAGAUUCAGCAAGCUUCACUGCCAUCUGAAAAGAUGCUCUGGCAGUUCCUGGAGGUGACCUUAGAGCAUGACUCUAGGCUGCAAUUCCUCAGGCUGUUAGGGUUCAGCAAAGAUGAGCUCCAGAAGAAGGUGGACACAUGCUUGAAGAAUGACUUGAAGCUAGGGGGAAGCCCUGGGCUUGAGGCAGUUGACCUCAAAAGUGAGAGACCACACCCCUUUUGCCACCAGGCCUCCAGACACACCACCGAGGAAGCCUCUGCAUCCUCGGCCUUCUUUGAUGAGCUGAUUCCUCAGAACAUGACUCCAUGGGAGAUCCCCACCACAGAAGACACUGAUGGACUCCUGAGCCAGGCCCUGCUGCUUGGGGAGCUGCGGCCUGCUGUGGAGCUGUGUAUGAAGGAAGAGCGCUUUGCUGAUGCCAUCAUCCUGGCUCAGGCUGGGGGUGCAGAGCUGCUGAAGUGGACACAAGAACAUUACUUGGCCAAGAGGAGAACCAAAAUCUCUUCGCUUCUAGCCUGUGUUAUAAAGAAGAAUUGGAAAGACCUAGUAUGUGCCUGUAGCCUGAAGAACUGGAGAGAGGCACUGGCUUUGCUGCUGACGUAUUCAGGGCCAGAGAAGUUCCCUGAGCUCUGUGACAUGCUGGGAACUCGAAUGGAGCAGGAGGGAGGCAGGGCACUCACUUCUGAAGCCAGACUCUGCUAUGUGUGCUCAGGAAGUGUGGAGCGGCUGGUGGAAAGCUGGGCAAAAUGCCAGCAAGCCUCGUGCCCCGUGGCUCUGCAGGACCUGAUGGAGAAGGUGAUGGUCCUUAGCAGGAGCUUGGAACUACUGCAGGGUUCUGACAAGAUGAGCCCAGGUCCUGCCACAGUCUACAGGCUCACCCAGUAUGCCAAUCUCCUGGCAGCCCAGGGCAGCCUGGCCAUUGCCAUGAGCUUCCUCCCCAGUGACUGCAUCCAGCCAGCAGUUCAGCAGCUGAGAGAUCGGCUUUUUCACGCCCAAGGUUCUGCUGUCUUGGGCCAACAGGCUCCCCCUUUUCCUUUUCCCCGGGUUGCUGUAGGAACUGCCCUCCACCCCAAAGAGAAGUUAUCCUACAGAAUGGGAUCCCAGCCUUCUGACCAGGUCCCAGCUCCAUCUGCAAGGCUAGGGGCCACAGCUCAGUCAUCAUUAGUGAUGCCCUUCACAGCCUCCCAUCCCAGCCCUUCUCAGGGCUCACAGACACAGUCUACAGGUGACUACAGGGUGCCUGGGCCGCAGGCAACCCUGCCUCUGCAUUUGGGCCCUGGAGUAAGGCCUGCUUUACCUCAGCCGCAGCUGUUAGGGGGACAGAGUGUUAGAGCUGCAAACCCGGUUGGCUUCUCUGGAACAUGGCCUCUUCCUGGUCCCCGUCCACCCAUGGCAUCCCCAGACGCCAUGCAGCCUGGCUGUCCCUCACUGCCUCAGACUCCUAGACUGCUCCCUCUGGCUCCUAUGGGACCACCAGGUCCCAACCCUCUGAGCUCCCCGCCCUCAGGCUCUCCUGUCACUUUUCCUGUGGCUGGUCCUCCUGGAGGGCCAGGGGCUCCAUACUCCAGGACCCUCCCAAGCACUGGCCUCUGGACUCCUCAUCCAGGACCCCAGGAUGCCUGGCAAGCUGCUCCAGCCACUUGGGAAAAGCUCCCGAGGAGAAAGCUGCCAGAGCCAUUUAUACCCCCAGCACCGAUUACAGCUCCGGUUAUGAGCCUUGGCCCUGAGCCAGGACAGACCCUGCUGCCACAGCCCCGAGUCUCCAGUGUGAGCUGGUCUCCUCCCGGAGCCCCAAGAGAAGGCAGCCCGCAGGUGACCAGAACACUGCAGCCGCUGCCUCCUGAGAAGACGGGAAAGAAGGAGCUGCCCCCAGAGCAUCAGUGCUUGAAGGACAGCUUCGAGGCACUUCUCCAGGCCUGUUCUCUGUCUGCCACUGACCUAAAAACCAAAAGGAAGCUGGAGGAGGCGGCCCACCGUCUAGAAUGUCUAUAUGAAAAACUUUGUGAGGGGACGCUCUCACCCCCCGUCCUGGCUGGGCUCCACGAAGUUGCCCGAUGUGUGGAUGCAGGCAGCUUUGAGCAGGGCCUUGCGGUGCAUGCCCAGGUGGCGGGCUGCAGCAGCUUCAGCGAGGUAUCCAGCUUCAUGCCUGUCCUGAAGGCUGUCCUCACCAUCGCACACAAGCUGCAGGGCUAAGCCAGGCAGCCUCUUCCACCAGGAGGCCGUUUCUGCUGUUGCUUACCUCCGGGUGCAAAGGGGGAGUUUUUCAAUCGAUUGUGUUUAUUUCUCCCAGUAUUUUCCCCUUGCUGCCUGCCAGCUAGGCGAUGCUGGGGGCUUGGAUCCACACCAGCUGAGUGCCUGUUUCCUCCCCCUUUAUGCCUGCCCACCUGGGCUUUCCUAGGGUGCUUUCAGCCUGGGAGGUAGAGCACAGAGUCAGGUCUUCCUUUCCCUAAUCUAGCAGUCCAACAGGGUCAGCACCAGAAUGUCUCACACAGGGCUAUUCUGUUCAGAUGGUUCAGAGAGGGUAAACAGUCUGUCAUUGGUUCAGUCUGCCGCUGCCAUGACUCAUCUUGUGGGUCUUGUUCUUUCUCUUCUGGAGUUGGAGUCCAACUGUCCUGUCCCCUGCCUCAGUCUUCAUAUUUGAAGGUCAAUAUUUAUUGUAGGCCCAGGGAGUUGGUUGAUGGUCACUUUUUCAACAAGUCAUGGACAUGAGGACUGGGUGUGGGUGCUGAGCAAAAUGAAGAGAGGAAACUGGUCCUUUAAAAAAAUGAAACUUCUCAUGUGUUAGCAUUACUCAGGGUGGGCUGUAUCUCGUGUGUUAGCAUUACUCAGGGCGGGCUGUAUCUCAUGUAUUAGCAUUACUCAGGGCAGGCUGUAUCUCAUGUAUUAGCAUUACUCAGGGCGGGCUGUAUCUCAUGUAUUAGCAUUACUCAGGGCGGGUUGUAUCUCAUGUAUUAGCAUUACUCAGGGCGGGCUGUAUCUAGUGUGUUAGCAUUACUCAGGGCGGGCUGUAUCUCGUGUGUUAGCAUUACUCAGGGUGGGCUGUAUCUCGUGUGUUAGCAUUACUCAGGGCGGGCUGUAUCUCGUGUGUUAGCAUUACUCAGGGCGGGCUGUAUCUCGUGUGUUAGCAUUACUCAGGGCGGGCUGUAUCUCGUGUGUUAGCAUUACUCAGGGCGGGCUGUAUUAGGUGGCCAGUGGAAGAGUGAAGUGCCUUUUGUUUAGACUAUGAGGUAGAAGCCUGUAGAGCAGUAGUUCUCAAUCUGUGGGUCAUGACCCCUUUGGGGGUCAAACGACCCUUUCACAAGGUUCGCCUAAGACAUGGGAAAACACAGAUAUUUAUAUUACAAUCCAUAACAGUAGCAAAAUUACAGUUAUAAAGUAGCAAUAACAUAAUUUUGUGGUUGGGGGUCACAUUGAGGAACUGUAUUAAAGGGUCACAGCAUUAGGAAGGUUGAGAAAACUGCUGUAGAGAAUGACCUUUGACACUGCCCAGGCUUGAGCCUGGCCCUAGGCCUUACACUAUCCAGUCUGCGAUUUUUAAGCCCGAUUCUGGAAUCAGAGCCCGGCUUCUCGUGGAUCCAGGGCUCUUCUUCCCCUCAGCUGCCUUAUGUCUCUGAACUGCUUUCUCUGGCCCUAUUUCAUGCUGACCUCUUAAACAGUGCAAUAAAGUGACUUGCUUUCCAAA